CAUAAGUCUUUCUUACUGGACUGUGUCAGGUGGUGUGUGGCGCACGUGAUGUUAUCGAUAGCGAAAGCGCGUCUCUGACACGCUUGUCGAUACCGAGACGCGACUGCAUCAUUACUUUCGUCUGAACCGUCCAGCACCUCAACACGAAAUCAAGACGCACGCCUUCUUCUCCACAGAAACCUCAUUGAACGGUCUCGAUUCAUCACAAUGCUACUCACCAGCACAUACUACUCACAUAUGCCGAAUCAGCAAUACGCCACCCACGCGCCGAUUCGAUCGUCACCUCUUCGCGAGCCCUCUGCGAAUGCUGGCGCGAGCCUUUUCGACUUUAGCAUGGCUUCACAGCAUAGCGAGAAGGAAACAACACAAUCACAACGGGUCUACAAAGCCAACCCUGUCAUGCAGACACGCGACGCAGCUACGAAGAGACGGCGCGACAUGUUCUUCAAGCGCGUUCAAAAUAACCGUGAAGAAAAGAAGUGGGAGUCACGAGGGGAACAGCUUCAGCAAUUGGACUUCGUCUCAGAGCGCAAGCGGUGGGAGAUGAGAAAGGCCCGAGAAGCACCAGCUGUAGUAGAGGAGAUUGAGGAUGAUUUACUGAGCGACGCCACAUUACCGGAUUCGUCGAAUAACGCACCUCAACUUGAGCCAGGAAUGACCGAAGCGGAAUAUUUGCUUGCACAAGAGGAGUACGAGCUGCAACAGCUGAUUGCGUCCAUGGACACAGAAGAAUGCCACACCACAAUGCCACAGCAGCAUUACGGAAGUGACGAUGAGGAAUACGAUCAGAUCUUUAUGGAUUGUGCGACAAAUAUUGACACAGAAUAUCAGCACCAGUCGCAAGGCCAACAUGAGGGCUACAAAGACGUGGAUGACAUGGAUAUGACAGACGAUUGAGGAUCAGGAUAGUUCUGAAUGGCAUGUCCACAGCGAUGCUGACAGACGAGUACUGCUGGGACGGUGAUCUGGCACUCAAGCAUGAGAAGUGACGCUGAGCAAUUGCGGAGUACCUCUCGUAUACCGUGGCU